GCACCCCCCCGCGCGCCCUCACGUCGGGCCCCGGGUCCUCCGCGCCGCCGCCGGCCGUCGCCUCCGCCACCAUGAGGAACAUCUUCAAGAGGAACCAGGAGCCCAUCGUGGCUCCCGCCACCACCACGGCCACGGUGUCCACCGGGCUCUUAGACAACUCGACGGAGAGCGGGGGCGCCGGGUCGAGUAAGGAUGACCUGUUCACCUACAUACAGGCCAAGUUCUUCAACAAGAUCCAGAGCAUCCCCUUACCGCCCUGGGCGCUGAUCGCCAUUGCCGUGGUCGCCGGCCUCCUGCUUGUCACCUGCUGCUUCUGCAUCUGCAAGAAGUGCUGCUGCAAGAAGAAGAAGAACAAGAAGGAGAAAGGCAAAGGCAUGAAGAACGCCAUGAACAUGAAGGACAUGAAAGGGGGUCAGGACGACGAUGAUGCCGAGACGGGCCUGACGGAGGGAGAGGGCGAGGGAGAGGAGGAGAAGGAGCCGGAGAACCUGGGCAAGCUGCAGUUCUCCCUGGAUUAUGAUUUCCAGGCCAACCAGCUCACUGUCGGCGUCCUGCAAGCUGCUGAAUUGCCGGCCCUGGACAUGGGGGGCACCUCAGACCCUUACGUCAAAGUCUUCCUCCUUCCAGACAAGAAGAAGAAGUACGAGACCAAAGUCCACCGCAAGACGCUGAACCCCGCCUUCAACGAGACGUUCACCUUCAAGGUGCCCUACCAGGAGCUGGGGGGCAAAACCCUGGUGAUGGCCAUCUACGACUUCGACCGCUUCUCCAAACACGACAUCAUCGGCGAGGUGAAGGUGCCCAUGAACACCGUGGACCUGGGCCAGCCCAUCGAGGAGUGGCGGGACCUGCAGGGCGGCGAGAAGGAGGAGCCAGAGAAGCUGGGCGACAUCUGCACCUCCCUGCGCUACGUGCCCACGGCCGGGAAGCUCACAGUCUGUAUCCUGGAGGCCAAGAACCUGAAGAAGAUGGACGUGGGGGGCCUCUCAGACCCCUACGUGAAGAUCCACCUGAUGCAGAACGGCAAGAGGCUCAAGAAGAAGAAGACGACGGUCAAGAAGAAGACUCUGAACCCCUACUUCAACGAGUCCUUCAGCUUCGAGAUCCCCUUCGAGCAGAUCCAGAAAGUGCAGGUGGUGGUGACGGUGCUGGACUACGACAAGCUGGGCAAGAACGAGGCCAUCGGCAAGAUCUUCGUGGGCAGCAACGCCACGGGCACGGAGCUGCGGCACUGGUCCGACAUGCUGGCCAACCCGCGGCGGCCCAUCGCGCAGUGGCACUCGCUCAAGCCCGAGGAGGAGGUGGACGCGCUGCUGGGCAAGAACAAGUAGGGGCGGCCCCGCCGCCCGCCGCCGC